GCGCGCGCACACCAUUGUGUGGCUGACUCGGCCGCAGCUGCGGUGUGAGGCGCGUGUUCGGGCCUUCGCCGUCCCCGCACCCGCACCGCAGCCCUGCCCCGCGGCCUGCCGCACCUCAGCUAGCCUCCGGGACCCCACCCGCCACGGCCAUGCCGCGCGUCUACAUAGGACGCCUGAGCUACAACGUCCGCGAGAAGGACAUCCAGCGCUUUUUCAGCGGCUACGGCCGCCUCCUCGAGAUCGACCUCAAAAAUGGGUACGGUUUCGUGGAGUUCGAGGACUCCCGCGACGCCGACGACGCCGUUUACGAGCUAAACAGCAAGGAACUGUGCGGCGAGCGCGUGAUCGUAGAGCACGCCCGGGGCCCGCGCCGCGACCGCGAUGGCUACAGCUACGGAAGCCGCAGUGGUGGAGGUGGAUACAGCAGUCGGAGAACUUCUGGAAGAGACAAAUAUGGACCACCUGUUCGUACAGAGUACAGGCUUAUUGUAGAAAAUCUGUCUAGUCGGUGCAGUUGGCAAGACUUAAAGGAUUUCAUGCGGCAAGCAGGAGAAGUGACUUAUGCAGAUGCUCAUAAGGAACGCACAAAUGAGGGUGUAAUUGAAUUUAGAUCCUACUCUGACAUGAAGCGUGCUUUGGAUAAACUGGAUGGCACAGAAAUAAAUGGCAGAAAUAUUAGGCUUAUUGAAGAUAAGCCACGAACAAGCCAUAGGCGCUCUUACUCUGGAAGUAGAUCCAGAUCACGGUCCAGAAGAAGGUCACGGAGUAGGAGUCGCAGGAGCAGCCGCAGUAGAUCUCGAAGUAUCUCAAAAAGUCGCUCCCGAUCUAGGUCUCGGAGCAAAGGUCGAUCCCGAUCCCGCUCAAAAGGCAGGAAGUCCAGAUCAAAGAGCAAAUCUAAACCCAAGUCUGAUCGGGGUUCCCAUUCACACUCAAGAAGCAGAUCUAAGGAUGAGUAUGGGAAGUCCCGAAGUAGGUCACGUUCUCGGUCCCCCAAAGAAAAUGGAAAAGGAGAUAUAAAGUCCAAAUCCAGAUCCCGGAGCCAGUCUCGAUCCCAUUCACCCCUGCCUGCUCCACCUUCAAAGGCUCGUUCUGUGUCCCCUCCGCCAAAAAGAGCUUCCAGGUCCCAUUCUAGAUCUCGUUCGAGGUCCAGAUCAAGUUCCAGAGAUUAACCCUGAACUCUACGUUCUUUGCACACUAUAAUGGAACACUUUCCUACUUGCUUAGGCAGUUACUCUUCCAAGUUUGUACUUGGCCUCUUCUUCAAGAGGAUGUCCUGAAAAGGGAACACAAGAAUUUGAUUUAUGGCCAAAUUUAAUGAGAAAAAGAUGAGGUUUUAAAAUGGUGGUAUGAAGCCCUCUCCCUUCUUUGUAGAAUUAAGAUAAUUUUGAUUUUAUAGCCUUUGAGCCUAAAAUAACUUUUAUAAAGAUUAAGCUCAUUUAGAUUUUUUUUUAAUAUUGCAGCAGAAUCUGCUGCUGAGUUUUGUUGUUUUGUUUGCUUAUUUUUAAAUUAACUGUUUCAAAGCUUUGGAAUACUGCAGGCUUUAGAGGGAGAACCCAAAUUUUCAAUUAUGUUAGCUUUUUAUAAAGCUCGAGUUAUGUAAGAUUUAAAUAAAAGUUUGCUACCAAGAUGAUUGCCUUAUUGAAUAGGUCACUAAUAGGGUCCUGAAAGUGUUGAUACCUGACAUUUAUGAAGACAGUGUAAAUUCCACUGAAGUGUAAAACAAGGCAAGCCUCAGACCAACAGCAAUAAAUCAGUUUGGAUAACCUUA